AUGCCUACCGUCGACGCCACGCACCUCGGCCUCGACCACAAGCGCGGAGGCGUCUAUGGGUAUGUGGCCGAGUGGAGCCGGUUCACCACUUUCAAUUUCAACGAUUGCACCUUCUAUGAGAAUGAAUACCUCGAGCGGAUCGGUCUCAUUCAGCCUCACCUUCGGAUCGAGCAAAUCUUGCGACGCGAUGGAGACACCAUCCCUACAACUGACAGGGCCGGUCGACGACUUGCGCGCCAACCAGCCAUUCCAGGGCCCGUGACCGUCCCAGCGUUCUCCUGCGUCGAGCUGAACUGCGCCGAGCCUGGGUUCGUCCCCGUCAUCGAGUCUGACCAGGGCUUCAUGUGCCUCAACCUCUCUGCACUCUGCUCGCUUCAUCCUACGCCAAAGAAGGUGGCUGAACUCAAAGGGCGCCCAGACGAGUGGCGAGCUGCUCUUCUGAAGGAGUACAACGCAAAGAAGGCCAAUGGCACAUGGGUGCUCGAGGAGCGCCCGACCGAUGCCCCCGUCACAAAGUGCAAGGUCGUCUUCUCUUACAAGAUUGACCCGAAGACUGGCACCCUACCUGACGAUGGCGGGCACCAGUGGGUGAGCGCCGCCCUCGACGGCACCAACAUGGCCUUCAGCAGCGGGCGGCACGGCCCGAACAACUUCGCCACGCUCGGCGACGCCGCGCGGAUCGAGGCGGUCAAGAAGGGGACGGCGUACAUGAACGUGUGGAUGUACGUGAUCCGCGAGUUUGAGGACGCGAUCGACGACUGCGAGAACUGCGCGGACGGUCUGAACUGCAACGAGUUGUCGGACUCGUUCGGGCCGGACAGCCCUCAGUACAAGGCGGUGCACGCGUGGGACGAGGGCGUCGCCUUCUACGCCGGCUCGCUCGAGGGGCCGAACGUGGGUGGCAGCUCGGCCGGCAAGAUGGUUUACCGGCUCGCGGAGAAGCGGUGCGCCAACUUUGACACCUGCGAGUCGGGGAGCACGGGGCUGUCGAACGUCAACAAGGAGCUGCUCGCGGACUUCACUAAGGGCGAGGCGUACCUCAUGGACGGCAACUGCUCCGCCGUGCGCCCCAUCGUCGACACGAUCAUCAAGCAGAUGACGGUGCCGCUCGUGCAGGGCUCGCUCCGCUACGCGUACAAGGUCGGCUCGGAUCCGGUCUACGAUGACGUGGGUACGGGUCGGUCGCAGAAGAACGCGGCGGAGGGCGCCGUCUUCACGGCGGCCGUGCUGCCCCUCGUCCACGAGUGCAACGUCGCCGCUGCCAAGACCAUCAGCGACGAGAUGAAGUUCGGCCUGUACGACCAGGGCGACUACCCCGACUUCGCGGCGGUCAAGGCCGCCUUCGAGAGCACCUACGACUGCCUCGGCAUCACUUGCGCCGACGUGGGCGGCCUCUCGCCUGGCGGCGUGGCGGCGGCGUGCGACGGAGCGCCCUCCUGCCUCCCUGACGAUGAACUUGACUACGACGCUGAUGGAGAAUUUCGUCUCGCUGACGCCACAUUCUUAGCUCAGGUCUGGGCUAACCAAUCAUCGUUUACAAACCCAUCGCCGGGGGUCACAAAGCUCCCCCCUUGCAAUGGGGGUGACUUUAACGGCGAUGGGGAUGUCCGCCUCCUAGACGCCGUUCUUUUGGCGCAGUACUGGGCCUUGAACAACCCGAAUAGCCGACGCCGCGCAACGGCGAACGAAUGGUCCGGUGACAGCCCGGGACGCUCGCUCGCGAGCACCAGCACGCACGGUACGAUCGUUGGACGCAAGGACGGGCAAAAGAUGCAACUCUUUGCGUACUCGAGCACGCCCUGGACCACCGUUGAGGUCGCCUUUGCCGACGGCGAGAUCGAGAGCGUCGCCGCCGAGAACGGCCUCACUGCGAUCAUCCACGCGAACAAGAAGCAAGUCGGCAUCGGCGAUCUGUCUGGUUCGGGCGCCACCCACUCUUCCGGCCUCGCCAUGACCGUCACCUUCAGUCCUGACACGGACAUGGACAGCGUUCGCAUCGACUUCUCGUCGGAAGUGACCGCGAUUGUCCACGCCAUCGCCCAAGUGCAGGAUGUUGGGCCAGGCCCCGCCGGCCUCUUGUUCCACUGA